AGUCGGAAAAAUUUGCACAAGGCAUUCGGACGCGGCAGCGCUCUACGGGGAAAAAAAUUCAACUAAACGGAGGAAACUAAACUUAAAAGAGACGCAGUUGCUUUCAUAUUUACGUUCACCGUGAGCUUACUUCAGUAAGCUGUGCAUUCUCGAACCGUACGGACGUUUUAACACGGUACGGAAAUUUUAACAAUUUUAACCAGCAAACACACAAAAAAAGACGUAAUUUCUUCAGAUCAAUGCGAUUGAAUGGUGUGGAAAUCGUCUAAUUAAGUAAACUUAGCCGUACGCGAAUUUUUCCUUCCAAGUGCAACGAAUUCUUGUGAAUUCCGUAAAAAUGACAAAAUGACAGCAAAACGUGAUAAGGAUUACACCAAAAAUAAAGCAACAACGGGCAUCGGAUUUACUGCCUCUAGCUCGACCAAUGGCAGCGGUAAUGGCAUAAAAUCCAUUGGCCUGGUGAGCUCCACACAAAAUGUAACCUCAUCAUCGCAGGACAUCAGCAAACGUACAAAUAAACCACUCAUGGAGAAACGCAGACGUGCACGCAUCAAUCAAAGCCUGGCCAUACUGAAGGCUCUCAUUUUGGAAUCGACCAAGAAUCAGAAUGCCAAAAAUGGCGAUGGCCAGGCCAAGCAUACAAAAUUGGAGAAGGCCGAUAUCUUAGAGUUGACCGUACGACAUUUUCAACGGCAUCGAAAUCUCGAUGAUCCAAGCGUAAAUAAAUAUCGAGCCGGAUAUACGGAUUGUGCACGUGAAGUAGCACGUUAUUUAGCCACACCAGAGCCACCACCGUUGGGUAAUAUGCCAACGUUGUCCGAGCCAGGGUCCAAGGCACGUCUGCUAAGGCAUUUGGAUCAGUGUAUAGCCGAAAUCGAUGUGGAAAUUUGCCCGCACACAAAUACGGCAAAUUUUGCAGAUAGUCCCAGCAGUAGUAGUUGCUAUGACAUGAACAAUUCCAGCUCUGCCCAAGUUUCAGUUCAGUUGCCAGUACCAAAAGGAAAGGGAACACAACAGGAUGAGCAUUCACUGGAUUACAGUAGUCAAGAUUCCAAUCCCUUGGACUAUAGUAAAGGCCUUAAACUUAUUGGUCCCGGUGGAGUAGUUAGCACUGUCAAUACUGACCAAUGUGUGCUACCCUCCACAACACCAGCCCCGCAGGAUGAGAACAACAAUCGUGGCCAGCAGACCAUACAAACACAAGCACACAAUCCACCGCAAUCACCACCUGUGGCCAUACCAACCACUACGACUGCUCCUACAGCUACUGCUGCUGUUGCUUCCGAUCUUGCCUAUGAGGAUGAUCGGAGUAAAUUGUGUGCCAAUGUCCUGGAACAAUAUAAGCAACAGCUUAAGGUCCAAAGUCAAACGGAUGGAUCUAAUGGUGUUUUGGUGCUGCCGCCACACUACGUCCAAUUGGCAGCGGCUCUUGGCCUUAGUGCCCAACCACUGGUCGAUCCAAUUGCCACACGUACAGAUUUUGAGCGUCUGAUAGAGUUGCAGCGUGUCCAACCCCAUUUGGCAGGCAAACUAAGCCCCAAUUUUCCCGGCGGUCUGGAGGCAGCACAUGUAGCAGCCGCAGCGGCCGCUGCCUAUGCAAACAGUAUGGCAGUGGCUGCAUCGGCAGGAGCUGGCGGUCUUGCCACAGUUGUCCAGCAGACAGAGCGUCCCGCAUCGGUGGCCAGUUCGGGAGUUUCUGUCUCUGAAUUGAAGUCCGUAACGGCAGCCAUGGCCACACAACAGUCAUCACCCCGCUCCGAGAGCGGCAUUGGCUCAAACGAGAAUGAGAUUAUAGAGGCCUCGCCAAGACCCCAGACGAGCAGUGCAGCACGACAGGCGUUGCGCCAACGCCAAGCGGAGGAGGAGUAUCAGUACCUGGCUCAAGCCCAGGCAGCCGGAGUCGGCCAAGAUGAGAGCAUGUGGCGGCCAUGGUAAAGCUGGGCCAAGAUUUAUUGGUAAGCCUCAAUGAUCCCAAAACACUCCAUCAUAACUGGCAGCCAGAUGGAACUGUUUUUUGUGUGUAUAAUACUAUAUAUUUAAUUGUUAUAAUUGAUCGUCUACUAAGAAAAAACCCGGCGCUAUUCUCAAAACACAAACCCUCGAAAAAAAAAGUUAAUAAAUAAAUUUAAAAAAAAAUCUUUUUAGAGACUACAAUUCGGUAUCGAAUAUAGAUUCGAAUAUCGGAAAAUUCUCUCUAUAAUGCAUUUUCCAUUUUGUGCCAAGGCCUAAGAGACUCUUAUCAAUAAAUUUGUAUAUGUAUGUACUUAUAUGUGGUAGAAUUUCUGGCUAACAAAUGCAUUAUUUGCUGCGUCAGAUGUUAAAUGUUGGUAUCAGUUAAAAACCCCAAAACCUAUGCAAUACUUUUUUAUAUAUAGGUAUAUUAAAAUCCUAAUCCCAAUCCUUAUGUUCAUAUGGAAGCACAGCAAGCAAUGCAAUUGUUAGCUUUGUUAGAAUUAUAAGAGUAUUUAAUUUGUAUUUAUUGUCUAAGACUAAGACAUUGUACAUCUCCCCACGUUUCCCCACAAUUUUCCCCGCUAACAUGAACAAAACUCUGCGUUAAAUGUGUAUGAAUUAAAUUCCAAACUAAAAAAAAAAAAAAUGUUAAAUAUUUUGUAUCUGAUUUGUGUCUACAUAUGUGGAGUAUCAUUAUAUAGGUUGAUACUACUGGGUACCAAAGAAGUCUUUACAAUAAGAAGUGAUCUUUAAAUAUCAAAGAAAAGGAAACAAUUUCACUAAUUAAGAUUACUUCAAUCAUUUCAAUUC